UUAAAACUUUGAGCAUUAUUGCCAGGCCUGUUUGUCAUUCUCCUAGCAUGAGCACCCAACAAACUCUGCUCUGUGACUGUCUGCACGUCCUUAUCUCUCCCCCUUGCCUCAUAAGAAGAUUAGCCUAUGUUGCUUAGUUAUUUAGCAGGUCAUCUUAGCUAACCUUCAUUGGACUGGGCUCUCUCUCAGCUUGAAUGAUAUCCUGAGGUUUCAAAUAGAUUCAUAGAAUUGUCAGAAUGCUCGUCCUCAGCCUAACAAAACUGAAAUGUGUUGCUUUUGGCUCCGUUGAUGUCUGUCCUGACAGCUUUGGGAGGGAGGGCUGGGAGUCUGUCGUCGUCGGAGAGCCUAGCUGGCAGGGGCGUUAAUUAGCCUAGCCUGGCAGCUCCCAUCAUCCCAGUCUCAAAGAGAGACAGCUCCCCUGGCACCCCAAGGAGUGGCCUAGAUGUCAGUGUGGCUCUGUGGGGCUCCUGUGGAAAUGUACUAGUGGGUGUUCUCAACAGAUCAGCCCUGUCUGUCUGUGAGCUGUAGGUGAACCCCGCACGGUUUAAUACCCAAGCCUGACCACAUAACAAAACCUUGGAGUACCUCAGGGCUGAAUGGACACGUCGUUUUGAUUAAGCAACAGGGUAUCCAGUGCACCCAUGACAAAGCUUUCGAUAAGAAAGACAGACCUACAGCCAGGUCCAGAAGGCUAGAUUCUGAGCCAUGGCUGUGGGAGGUGGGCUUCAGAGGAGCACCAGAGCAGCCUAUCAGGAUGCUGGGUGUCACCACACCCAGCUAGAGGUCAGAGGUCAGACCUGAGAGAGAGAACCAGAGAGAGAGGAUGGAGACCAGAGGGCGCAGUACCAGGGCAGGGGUUCUGUUCUGGACCCCUGCUCCUCAACACCCCUCUCCCUCCACCUCCAUAGACUCAGACGUGGACUGGUGGGAUGAGGAUGAGGAGGAAGGUGGGGACAGGAAAGAAGAGGAAGAAGAGGACUUCCACAGCCAGAUGGAUGAGAAUGGGAUUAUAGGACUGGAGAACGCCUUGCAGAAUGUGGGUCUGGGAAAAGAGGAGGAGGAGGGAGAGGAGGAGGGAGUGGAGAAUGGAGAGGAUGAUCUGCCCUGGUACUCUGGAGCCUUGGACCCAGAGGGACCCAGGGAGGGGUUCCUGUCCUCCACUAGGGCAGGUGGGAUUGGGCUGGACCAGAGGUUGGAGCAGGUAGACCCAUUGGAGGAGCUGAGUUAUAACCUGAGUGACCUGCAGAACUCUGAGCCUCUGUCCCAGUCUGAGCCACCUGGAGAGGACACACACACCCUGUCAUUCGAUGUCCUGGAGGCCAAGGACAGUGUGGAGAUCUGGAGUGAGGAUGAGGAGCAGCAGCAAAAGUAUGAAGAGGUGCAGAGCUGGUGGUCCACAGGCAGCGGAUGGAGCAUCUCCCAGAGAGAGACAGACAGCUGGACAUGACAGAGGAUGAAAGGAAAGUGGAGGAGGAUGGAGAGGAGGAGGAGGAGGACAGCGAGCCUCAAGCACACACUGAUAUGAUGUCAUGUCCUGUAAUAGCGGGGGCUGGGUCAUGCUGGGAUCAGGGCCAUAGUGUCAGAGGAGAAGAGAGAGAGGUCAAUGCCAUAAGAAGUUACAGUGCCGACCUACAAAUAGAAGAGACUAGUGAACUCUCUGAGAGUGACAACAGAGGGGGGACACGGUUGGUAGUGAGUGACAACAGAGAGGGGACACGGUUGGUAGAGAGUGACAAUAGAGGAGGGACACGGUUGGUAGAGAGUGACAACAGAGGUGGGACACGGUUGGUAGAGAGUGACAACAGAGGGGGGACAUGGUUGGUAGAGAGUGUCACCUGACAAGCCACGAGCCAUGGCUCGAUCCCCUCAGAAAGGCUGGCAUGCACGCUCACAGUCCCCUCCUCACUGCAGCACCCAGGACAGGAGCCUCCGGACCCACAGGGAGAGUCCCAGCCCCAACCCAGGAGCCAUGACCCUGACAUUGACGAGGGCUGGAGCGGGCCACUGACCUACCCCACCCCAGACUUCUCUGUUAUCACUCUCUAAGGUUGGUAGAGAGUGACAACAGAGGGGUGACACUGUUGGUAGAGAGUGACAACAAAGGGAGGACAUUUUUUUAUUUUAUUUAUUUCACCUUUAUUUAACCAGGUAGGCUAGUUGAGAACAAGUUCUCAUUUGCAACUGC